CUUCUAUUUAAUUUCUUUGGUUGACUAUAGAAAAUUAUACAUCAAAUCAGAAAGAAUUCAGAGUUAUAAACAUAAAUUUGUUAUGAUCAUCUUUGAUAUAAUAAAUGGAUAAUCCAAAACUUAUCUAAUGCAGUGGUUGACUCCAAAAAUUCGUCAUAAACAUCCAGCUUAUAAUGAAUAAUGAGUUAAUAAAUAACAUUCAAGCAUGGAGUUUUAUUGGUAUUAUCGGAAAAAUAAUUUAGAAAAUCAGGUUUUGUAACGAAUCUAAGAAAAUGGAAGUCAUUCUGAAAUACGACAAAUGGUAUAAAAAUAUAAUAAUAUAGCCGCAACCGUCUACCCAAGAGAAAUAUUUUAUACUCAAGAGGGCUAUGAUAUUCCUAUAUUUGGUCAGUGCUGAUGUGCCCAUUAUAUAUUUCAAUUGAAGCACUUUGAAAAAUCGACGCACGUAUAACAUGGAUAACAAAAAAAAUGGUGUUAAUAAAAUCUUAAGAGAGGAUAUGCUCAAACAUUUCCAGAAAAGAGAAUUGAAAAUGAAUAAUGUUGAUUUUAAACUCAAAACUAAGUUUUAGGAUGAAUGAGAAUGUACAAGACUUUUCGUGCCAUAGUGGAGAAAUGAAGAAAGAAAUAACUGAUUGUACUGAUAGUUCUAAAAAUAACUUUAUUGUAACAGAUUUUGUUGAACAGGUGAAGAUUGAAGAAAUAGAUGAUAAAGAUGAAUCUACUAUAGAAUUGAUGCAAACUAACGAGGAUAAAGAAUUUUUUAAUAGAAUAAAUAGUCUAGCAAAUGUUGAAGUUUGUAAAUAUAAUGAAAAAGAAGCAUCUUGUGAUAAUAAAAGUGCAAAUGACCUGAAUAAAUCCAAAGAAAAUUUUAAAUGCUGCCAGUGUGACUUCCUUUCAUAUAUCUUGGAAGACUUGGGAAGGCAUAUGGACACAGCUCAUCCAAAUCUGAGAAACCAUGAAUGUAAUCUAUGUAAUUUCACCUCCAAUCCAGUUAUUAUGCAGUAUUACAAAUGCACAGCUUGCGAUUUCAGUUCACAUAGCAAGAUUCUUCUUGAAAUACAUGAGGAUGUUUUUCAUAGGGAUCUCCGGAAGUAUAAAUGUCAAUUUUGCAAAUUUGACUCCAGUUGGAAAUAUGACCUCAAUAAGCAUGUGUCUACAAUGCAUAAAAACACAAGGAAUCAUAAGUGUGACUUUUGCGAUUAUAGCUCAAGUCGUAACAAUGACUUGCAGCUUCAUAUAACCAGUGUCCACAUGAAGGUGAGGAAACAUAAAUGUGAUUCCUGUGAGUACAGCUCUAGUUGGAAGAAUGCUUUAAAAAGGCACAUUGAUAGUGUUCACAGUCAUUUGAGGCCACAUAAGUGUGAAUGGUGCGAGUAUAGUUCUUUUCGUAAAAUUCAUCUUCAAACUCAUAUUGAGAAUGUCCACCUUAAUCUUAAAAUCCACAAAUGUGAGUUGUGUAAUUAUAGUUCAAGUAAAAAGGUUAAUCUUCAGUCACAUAUAGAUAAUGUACAUGUCAAUCUCAAGAGUUUCAAGUGCGAUAUAUGUGAUUUCAGUGCAAAUCAGAAAGGUAAUCUUAGAAAACAUAUCGAUAGUGUUCAUAAAAAUCUUAGGGUUCACAAAUGUCAGUUGUGCGAUUAUAUUUCAUCAAGGAAAACUGAUGUCAGGAGACAUGUUAGCAUGGUUCAUUUGAAAGCAAAGAAAUUCUCGUGUAAAAUCUGUAUUUUCUGCAGUAAUGAUAAGGAGGCUUUGGAGACACAUAUUGAAAAUGCCCAUAUGAUUACUGCUCAUGAAAUGAACUCUUGAAAAUUACUGAGAAAAAGACGAUUUUUAUUAAUGCUCUACAAUUUUUUUAUGUGACAAUGUAAUUUGUAUUCACAAAGAAAUAUGGAAAUAAGUUGAUCUGAAAGUGAAAACAAGAAUUUUCUAAAUUUCUUGUACUCCAUUUUUUGAGAUAUAUUCCUAAUGACAUCUGUAUAGAAUAAAUAUGCAACAAAAUUUUGUACAGUAACACCUUCAACCAAUAAUUUUUGUUGCGGUUAAAGAUAUGAGAGAGAUUUAUUCAGUAAAAUUCCAUAAAAUCUAGUUUAUUUUUGUAAAGUACUACAAAAAGAUAGAUGUUACUACAGCAGCCAAUUGUCUAUGCACUAUUAUUUAACGGGUAUCAUCAACUUUCUCAACACAAUUUGAAUUAAAAAACAAUGGAAAACAAAUCACAAUAAUGUUCAGCAGACCUGUACAGACAUGAAAUCACAUUGAUGUGACCCUAGAAUACUGAAAACCCAUGGAAUGUUUUGAUGUUUUUUUCUUAAGCAUUACAGUCUAGAUUAAUUGGGCGACGGUGUUGUAUAUGUGUACCCAGGUUUUGAUUUAAAAUUGGAUUAUCACAUAUGGUAUAUUUCUUGGUUAAUUAUUAGAUGACUCGUAGAGUGCCCUAAAAAGUUAGUGGCUUGAAAUACAAAAAUCAGUAGUGAAAGUCUGUGAUCAGAUUUUAUUUCUCCUUUCCAAAAAAGGCUUAUUUAUAUGUCUGAUGUUUCUAAAUAACAACAAGCCGAUUUAGUACACUUUUGAAUUUGGAUAUUUAUGAAUUUACACUAUGUUACUAUUCUACUAGUUUUCCUAAUAAUAUCAUGAAUUCCAAGCUUAUGAAGGGUCCUCAAGUGUCUGAUUGGGAUAAAAAAAACAAUUGAACUUAUCUGGAGAUUAAAAAUAUAGGAACUGGUCAAAAAUUUCAUCCAAAUCCAUACAAAUGUUCAAUUGAAUGCAAAGGAAUAUAAAGCAACUUUGGCUAUUGAAAGAAAUUGUUUGCAAAAAGUGAUUCUGUUCACAAUAAUUUGAAGAAAAAUAUAGAUCAAUCAUGUGGAAAUAAAUUUUUUUCCUCUUAGAAGUGAAGAAUUUGUACGAAAUUAAUGAGUUGACCCACAAUUUUUUUCAAUUUGUUAUGGUGUUGAACUUUAGGCACAGUUAAGUUUUCACCCAACAGAGAAAUAGAGGAACAUUACGUCAGGGUCAGAAAUAUUUUUCCAUAUCAGUGGAUUCCAACCUAAGAUCUUUCAUUUCCAUGAAAAAACACUGCAUUACUUUACCAUCAAAAUAUUCAUCAACUUGUAUACCUUUGUAUGUAAAGUAGCCGCCAACAGAGCAACUGAAUUUUGUUAAAUGAAAAUUUUUGAUGUAUUGGAUACAUAACAUAUUUUUCAGAUGGAGAUAUAUUAUUGAAACAAAUUUAA